AUGAGUUCUCGGAGACCUCUUUUUGUUGAGAAUAACGAGGGUGAGCGAAGACACCCUUACAUUGAAGUUUCAAGACCCGAAAUUGAAAGAGAUAUUGAGUUUGAUGCCGACAGUGAGUUCAUAGAUGAAGAAAAUGCAGUUAGUGAAGACGAGUUUAAUGUAGAUGAUGCAGGAAGUGGAGGGUUCAAUCACAAUUUCCCAAUUGAUGAUAUAGUUGUUGCAGAUGCUGACAGUGAUUGCGGUGAUUCAGAUUAUUUGGGUAGUGUCCAUUCAAGUGAUGACGAGGGCAAUUCGAGAAAAAGAUUUGAAAAAUUUAAUCCGGCAAGGGAUAUGGAAGAUCCUCAUUUUAGUGACGGUCAAAUUUUUAGGGACUUCAAGACAUUCAAAGAGGCUAUUAGGGCUUACCCAAUCAAGAACAAGUUCCCCUUGAGGUUUGUCCACAGUGAUACUCAACGGGUUCAAGUUUUAUGUGAUAAGAAUUGUAGAUGGAACAUUUGGGUUUCACCUACCAAAGAUAAGAAGGCAGUUCAGAUCAAGUCUGUGGAGCUGCAGCAUGAUGGAUGUGUUCUGUUGUCUAGGCACAAGUGGUUUGAUUACAAGUUCAUUGCAAAAAAGUAUUUACAAAGAUUUGAAGUUGAUCCUAAAUGGGGAACUGAUGCAAUAGUGUAA